AUGCCCCGGCUUGUACGUCGCCGACCGUUGGCGGAGCGCAUCAGAUCAUACUUGGACCCAUUGGACUUCCUGCUGUGGGUGUCGGAGGAAAUUGAUUCACAUGAUUGGGAUCAAUUCGAGAAGGACUGGGCUCUGCCUUUGGGAGUGGUGCUGAACCUGGUGUUCCUCACCGCGCGCGCCAAUAGCCGAUCAAGUGGCAGCAAAGCUAUUGAUGAUGUCUUUGGCGAUGAGGGAGGUGUGCCAUGGAUGAGCUGGUUUGCCUCGUUCGUUGUUCACCUGCUCGUCUGCUUUACCGCGCUCAAUGCAUUCUACACCUUCUACCGAAAGCGACAUUAUCGUCUGUUCGAAGCAUCGAUCGAUCAACCGCCAGCUACACCAUCCGCUCGCCGUGUACGAGUUGACUCGACGCCGAUGACUGCCUCUCCACUACGGUUCCUUGCCAAUGCCGUCUCUGGCUCCGCUCAGUCGCGGGCGCAUCCUGACGCGCAACGAGAUGUUUGGGAACUCGCGGUCUGGGACCCUCUGCCCAUCUGCCUACGACUGUUCUGCCUGUUCAGCCCGGGACACGUUCUAGUAUACUGGGUCUUACUGCCCACCCAGAUGUCCGAUCCUCGGCCAAGUGUCACCAUUGUCACCACUCUCUUCAUCACUGCCCUGCUCUCGGUGCAGAUGUCCUUCCUGUGUUCUUCGUUUACCCAACAAGCAAAGGACUCGAUGUUGGUCCAUAAGGAAGUGCUCAACGAGUACGAUAUCAAAUAUGUGCACCCACGAACCCAGCCGGUCAUGAGAGACGUGGGCACUCAAUUCUCGGACAAUGCCACGCAAUCCGGUUCCGAUGCCAAAUACAACAAGGUCGACACCUUCACUCCUGCGCAUGUCAUUCACCGGGGGUUCCAGACCAGCCCUAAUCCUAAUUAUGUCAGCCAUGUUGACCCUGAAGGGGUAUCACCAAGGCGCCAGCAAUUCGCGACACCAAGCGCGUCUCACGGCUACGGCUCUUUGCAGACACCCAGCCACCUGCGAGAUGCUUCUCCGGUUGUACGUGGUCCUAUCGCUUCCAUCCGCCAGCCUCAAUUCCGACCUACGCCGGGUGCUACCGGAGAUGGUGGCAGUCUUGGCAUAUUCUCCCAUGCCAAUUCUCCUCUCCGGCGAUCUACCCCAGCCAAACUUGACCGGCGGGUCCAAAAUCCUAGCGAAUAUCUAUUGAAAGAGCGAGGUACACCCAUGAAGAGGUUGUCUAGCCCGCUGAAAAGAAGCAGCGUUCUCGGCGACGUGGGCUCUUUAACCUCGACACCAAGACGAGAUGCUCGUCGUGAGACUGGACGAUUUUGA